AACAUCCGGACGCGGUUUCCGCUCAUCGCUUGUUCACUCUUCCAGAAUUUUGACGGUAACCUGCGCUAUUAGUACUGCCGUCUCAUUUGAAGAUACGGAAAUGAACAUUCCUACUGCUUAUGCUAGUCGAUACUGACAGAACGCGGGGACUACUUCGAGGUAGUCGUAAUCGGUGUCGCAUUUUAAUUCCAACAAGAGCUUCUAAUAAGGAAAUUUUAAGCUAAGGAAACACACCUGUUUUCGAACUCUAUUUCAUUUUCUUGGCUAAAUGGGACACACUCGAUACUCAGGCAAUGUUUCUUUUUUCAGUAUGAACCGCCUUGGCACUACACGUACUAAAAGGACCUUCGCGACCUUCAGUCUCUCCUUUACACGCUCUCUUUCCCCCAUUUGCACGUGUCGAAGCAGAAGCCAGCGUCCUACUGCUGACCAACAGAUUUUCAGGUGUUUCAGCAUGCCUUUGACGGCAGCCUUGAGUUCUUCCUCGUCCUACGCUUUCACCACGAGCGCGACUGUGCUCCUCUAUGACCUGCUCCUCCUCCUUCCCACUGAAAUUGACUAUGUAUGGCUUCCCCGACCCUUGCAUCCACAUCUGCUGUUGUUCGCGCUGAACUGCUACUUACCCUUGAUCGAUAUGGUGGUGAAUAUCAACCAGCUCCUACAUAAACCCACUCCGACCCAGUGUCGUCAGUUUGCCUUUGUCGCAGGCCCACUCAUGGCCCUCGGGAUUUUCACAUCACAGGUGAUCCUCAUGAUCCGCACGUAUGCAAUAUGGGAUCGACACAGAGUGGUAUUCUGGUGUUUUAUUGGGACGGGGAUCUUCUGCUUUAUACCAGGGGUAGUUUGCCUUGCUAUAGAACUCAAGACGUUGCAAUUCAUUGAACUGCCGUUCGAUCACCUUAACUGCUUGAGCAUUUCUCCAACCUAUGGCUAACGUGUUCUAUAUCCCUGUACUCGUUUCAGAGACGAUCAUUGCUUCGCUCACACUCUUCAAGGGCGUUCAGCACCUGCGGCGUUCUUCCCACCCCUUUCUCAUCGAAUUUUAUGCCUCUGGAAUGCUCUUUUAUGUGUGCCUCUUCCUCAUUUCUCUCGCAAAUAUCCUUGU